UUUUCCCUCUUCCUUUUCUGCUGCUUAAUAUUAUGAGCUCAAAGUCUUUUUUAUUUCAGCAUUUUGUAAGAACACUUCUAUAGAGCGGAAUGCUUCCUUUAGAGAUAAUCACACAUUAUGUUCUUUUUUUCUUUGACAACGGAAAAUAUAAUUCUACAUGUGAUUUCUGGAGUGUCUGACGACAGGCAAAGCAGAUAAUUCAUCUGACUUUUGAAGUUCAGCUCACAAUUUUUGUCCUGCAGUAUCUCGUAGGGAGAUGGAGGAGAAACAAAUGAGUGUAUUUUAUAUUGUUUCCCAGUUUGAGGACAGUAGCAGGCCAAGCCAAGGAGAAAAAUGGCCUCCCAGAACAGAACGCGGAAGAGGAAAACCAGUGAACAACUAUAAAGAGGGUAAACCGUCACAACCUGAGAAACUUCCAAAGUGGUUCCUUGAGCUCCCAGGAACAGAAGUUCAGACACACAACAGUGAUGGGACAGAAAGAGAAAAGCAAGCACAUGGAAGUAAUACAAAAGACAAAAUGUUAUUGGGACACAGUAGCACCAAAGUAGCAAUGGAGAUACGAGUCCCUAGCAAUCCUGCUGCUAACAAGGAACUGCGGAUACACAACAACCAUAAGGCAGCAUUAGACAAGCAGACAUCCGAUCAAUCUUUCACAAACAAUGAGAUGCAAAUGAUCAAUAAGCCAAAAACUGUGAUGGAGACAUUAGCACAGAGCGAUCAGGACACACACCAACAGCUUUUUAAUGAUGGCAAAGUCAGAGCAACUGAAGAGACAGCUCAACCCAAUGUUUACCUUGACACCCAAAACAGUGAAAAGGAAACUAAGGUUCCUAGUGUAAAGCAAAAAGCUGAGGAAUAUACCUGCAGUAUUACACCUCCAGUACUUCAGCUCCAGUCUUCUAGUGAUGUGGAAAAUGAAGACGCAGAUAGCGUAACUGACUGCCUGAAUGACCAGCAGAGCCAGGAAAAACUCCAAAUUAUUUGUUCUUUUCGCAACAGAAUGCCAAGUAUAAACUGGAAGAUUCAACGGGAACAAGCUCAGGUUGGGACAGACUCAUCAACAGGGAAUGAAGAGAAGGAAACUAAGGAAACAAAUGAAGAAAAGUUGCGCAAAAUCAUCCAGGAAAUGUUGGACACAGAGAAAGCCUAUGUGAAUCGCCUACAUCUCUUGGAUCAGGUGUUUUACGCAGAACUGAUGAAAGAAGCAAAAAGUGGAAAUUCAUUUCCUGAGGACAUUGUGAAACAGAUAUUCUCCAACAUUUCUUCUAUUUACCAAUUCCACAGUAUGUUUCUAAUGCCGGAGCUUGAGAGACGUAUGGAACAGUGGACCUCCAAUCCAAGAAUAGGAGAUGUCAUCCAGAAAUUGGCCCCAUUCCUUAAGAUGUAUGCAGAAUAUAUUAGGAAUUUUGACAAGGCAAUGGGGCUGCUGAACACUUGGACAGAAAAGUCUCCCCAGUUCCAAGAUAUUAUUCUUGGCAUACAGCAAAGGGAAGAGAGUGGUUCAUUAACCUUGCAACAUCAUAUGCUAGAGCCUGUCCAGAGAAUUCCUCGUUAUGAGCUGCUUCUUAAAGACUAUUUGAAAAAGCUGCCACUAGACUCCCUCGACAAAGCUGAUGCAGAAAAGGCCCUGGAGACCAUCUUCAUUGCAGCUCAACACUCCAAUGCAGCAAUUGCUGAAAUGGAGAAACUUCAGAAGCUGUGGGAGAUCUACGAGAUGUUGGGGCUCGACGAACAUGAUAUGGACCCUUCAAAUGAACUGCUUAAAGAGGGCUCUAUUCUCAAAAUUUCUUUUCGUAAAAGCAAUGUUGAAGAAAGACAGUUGUUUCUGUUUAACACAAUGCUGCUGUACUGUAUUCCAAGAAUUGUUGGGCCUCGCUUUGCAGUUCGAACCCGAAUUGAAAUAGAUGGCAUGCAGGUAAGAGAACUAAAUGAUGUCCUUUAUCCACAUGCCUUUCUAAUUUCUGGGAAACAAAGGACACUUGAGUUACAAGCCAGAUCACAUGAGGAAAUGGAGUCCUGGAUAAAGGCUUGUCAGGAUGCUAUUAAGCAAAAUGAAAUGAAAACAGAAAGCUUCAAAGCAGCAGCAAGCCCUGCUGUGCAACAGCUAGAUGAAGAAGUGACAAUAUACAAGAAGGAGGAAUUAGGGAAACGUGCCCCACAGUGGAUCCGGGACAACCUGGUUACCAUGUGCAUGCGAUGCAAGGAACACUUCAACCCUAUUACCCGAAGACGUCACCAUUGCAGAGCCUGUGGCUAUGUUGUGUGUGGAAAAUGCUCUGAUUAUAAGGCAGAGCUGAGCUAUGAUGACAACAAGCUAAAUCGUGUCUGCAGAGAUUGUUAUGUAGCACUCAAAGGUGAGGCGGAGACUGAAGAAAGGGAAGAAAAGAAAAAAGGCAUCCUAGAGAAAGAAUCAGCAGAGGUAUCGGAAAAGAGCCUCAUGUGCAGCUUUUUACAUCUCUUGGACAAAAGUGGGAAGUCUGGCAUAAAGGGCUGGUUUGUCAUUCCUCGAGAUGAACCCCUGGUCCUUUACAAAUAUGCGGCACCACAGGAUGUAAAGGCACAGACGUCCAUUCCCUUAUUAGGCUACCAGGUGAAGGACUUGGGUCUGAAUGAUUCACGAUACCUCUUCCAGCUUGUUCAGUCAAAACAGGUGUACACAUUUGCAGCAGAAACUGAAGAACUGAAAAAGAAAUGGCUGAAGGUCAUUAAUCAUGUAGCCAAUGGAAAUAAUCCACUUCCUGGGGAGGAAGAGAAUGAUGGAGAAGAUGCUGUGGAGGAUUCCAAGUGAUGUUGGCACAGUCAAACUGUUUGUGCUGUACCCAAACCAGAGGAGUUCAAGGACUUGCAAAAUCAAUUCACGCUGCCCAUACUGAGAUUUUAACAGAACUGUAAGCAGAUUACAAAUCAAAAACGUCCUAAGAGUGCAUGUAAGAAAAACUUAGAAGCCUGCUUCAUUUUCAUAUAAAUCCCAGCUGUUGACAAUUAUCAGGUUGAUAGCAGUGAGAACUAAACCCAGAGACUGUAGUAUGUUCUACAUCCAUAAUAACUGCUCACUUGUAACAACUGCUGAUCUGAGAAAAGCCUAAAGAUACUGAAGGCCAGUACUGACCAGAAGCAGCAUUCUUUAUAAGCCUGUGUAGUACUCUGUCUAGUUUAUCAAGUAACCUUUUAAUGAUCCUGCCUAUUGUCUCUCCCUAUUUCUAUCAGGACUAAGUCUGAGUGGGUUUCCAGGCUUAUUAGAACUAAAUAUGGGUAGGGCUCCAGGCGUAAUUGUGACACAACAGUGACUGACUCUCUAUGGUGUCACCAGUGGUGGAUGAUUUUUGUGUUUUUAGCUGACAUUCGAGAUUGCAGUAUCUUUGGAAUUUCUACUUUCCACAACAUACAGUGAUGUCAGAGACAGCAUGAGUGUCAAUCACACAAAACUUGAAUUUGAGGAGACCAGGUAGUGGCUUUAUGUCCUCUAAAGACAUUUACAUUUACAUUAAUGCAUAUCCUACAUGCCACAGCCUAAAGUACUCACUGGAAAUUAAUGGGACUUUGAAAGGGUAAAUGUUGCUCAGAAAAUAAAUGCUAAUAAUAAUGAUGAUGAUGAUGAUGAUGGUGAUGAUGAUGAUGAUAGCAACAGAUGCUGUAUUUUGUGAUGCAGUUCCAAAUGAUUAAACUUUGCUCAUGCAUGAUUGGCACUAGCUGUCAGCUCUACUACAUGGAAGAAACGCAAGUGACAAUUUGAUUUAAAUGGAUAAAAUGCAGAACAUUCGGGUACUGAAGCCCAGGCCUAGAUGAAUCAAUCCACAGUGCUCAAGACAAUAUGCACAUACUUACAUGAAUAAAGACAUAGCAUGCUGGUAAUGAUGUACAAAAAUGAAUAAACAUGUAGUGUUCUGAUACUGAACAAUAUACUUAAUGAAUAAAUGCACAGUGUUCUGAUAAUGAAACACAUGAUGGUUUUAUUAUGUUUUGGCAUGCAAUACAUGGAAAAGCCUAGCAGCUGUAUCUCAGAGUAGAAAGAAAAAGAAAAUGAUUCUUUAAAUUGUGCAGUUCUAGUUUCUCGGUUUCCUUGUGCAAAAAUGAUAAUAUUCUCAUUACCAAAUGUAUUACUUCAAAUCAUUUAGGUGCUGCAUUUUACUGUCAUCAUUUUUGGACAAUUUGCUUCUAGUUCUUACUGGACUGAAACUGCUGUGUAUUUGCAGGGCAUCAUCAUUAAUAAAUCUACAAAAACAGA